CACUUUGUACAGCUCUGGAGCAACCUCAGCUUUGUGUAUAAACAAAGAAGAUUCCAGACGCGAUGAGCUGCUUUGGAAAAUAACUUAACUUUAUUUAUGGUAAAUGUAACUGUAUUUUGUGUAAGGACACUUUUUCUACAGCCCAAUCAUCCUACAAUCUUGUGAGCAAGUGUGGCUUGGGAAUUAAUGGCCACGUCGACGCUAAAUUGGUCAAAAUACUGUUUUCUUUCCACCUGUGGAAUUUCUGUUCUUCUUCUUGCAGCGCUAAAUUUUUAUGACAUUCGAGGACUUAAAGUCAUUAGAUGGAUGUCGAACUUCACUGCUGACAUCUAUUUUGAAAAUAAGUCACAUUCGCUGAAAUUUAAUCACUCAAUGGAUAAAUUUAUGGUGGACAGGAACAACAUUACUACAACGGUGCAACCCACUGAAGAAGAGAGGACCAAGACAGUCGUUCUUGUCUACACUGUCUUCUUCGGGACAGUGAAGUGGAUAGGAGAUCGUGAUAACUGCGGAUUUGAAAACAAGUUUUUAUUCGCCUCAAAUAAAUGUCUCUCAGGUGAUUUCGAAUUAAUUUACGACAAACAGCGGUUUGAGGAAAGCGACUUAGUCGUGUUUCACGCUAGAAACAUGCCAAGUGUAGAUCAUCUAAGAACGCUGCUGAAAAGCAGGCCCACUUCACAGCGCUGGGUAUACGCUUUGUGGGAAAGUCCAAAUGUAACACCAGAUCCUGCUCCAUUAAACGGGCUUUUUAACUCAACGUGGACUUUCAGAAGCGAUUCAGAUUUCUUGUCGCCAUAUGGAAGUUACGAGGAACUGAGUGAAGAAGAAAAAGUAGAGAAAAUGAAAAACAUACCGGACUAUUCCCAAGGAAAAACUGAACUUGUGGCUUGGAUGGUGGGUAAUUGUGGCGCUCAACCUCGAAUGGCGUUUGUCCAAAAUCUGAAAAAAUACAUCAAGGUCGAUAUCUUUGGAGGUUGUUCUGGAAAAAGAUGUUCAAAUCCGCCAACUGAUUGCCUUAAAAAGUUUAAAUUCUAUUUGUCAUUCGAGAACGCUUUAUGUGAGGAUUACAUCACCGAAAAGUAUUGGGGAAGGCUUGGUAAGUCUUUGUCUUUUCACUGUUUUGAUAGCUGUUUUGAAAACUUGCCAGUCAGGGCAGUCAUGCAAGUAAACAUAAAAAAGUUUAAAUGUCAAACUUGUCAUGUACCGAACCUAAUUCCUUCACCCCACACCACGGUUGUUUUUGCUGAACCCACUCUGACUGCGUUUGUGUUACAAAUUUGCACUUGUGUUACAAGAAAACUGCCCUUUACUUUCAAUCAAUCAGAAUUGAGUAUUUUUUUGUGUAUAUUUAUAAUGGUAAUUGAGCUGAGUGGAUUGCAAUUUGGUCCGAAAUCAUACUAGCCUGCGUUGCAGCCUGCCCACACACUCGUCAAAACCAUUUGUAUAGUCUUUCUUCGAAUUAGUGCACAAAAGCUCGUUCUAAUAUCCUGCAGAGUCGCAAUGACAUAUGUGAGCGUUUCUGAUAGGCGGGUUUUCCAGCGUCUUCCAAUCGCUGCAGAUGCUCUGCCGCGUAUUCUGCAAUCUAGCCGACAGGUCUGUAGCGUCAAAACAACCUAAGAUCUACAGAGAGUGUGGAAUAGAUGUCUCAAUGUCAUUGGUCUCCCUAGGGAUUCUGUUGAGUCACUUGUAACUAGGCGUCAUAAUUUGAUGAGGAAAGAAUUUAAACGUAUCCUAGAAUCAGAAGCACAUCCUUGCAAACAUUUUUUAGACAAGCCAGUGGAUCAUGGCCAUAAUCUAAGAUGUUGUAAGACUAACCCGGUGCACCUCAGAAUACUUGUAUCACGCACAGUUAGGCACAAACAAUUGUUUAUUCCUAGAGGUGCUAAACUUAACCUAAUUUGAUAUGUAUAUAUUAUAUGUAGUGUUUUGAAUUUUUAUUGUAAUAUUACUGUAAUUCUUAUCGCCAAAGGUAAUAAAUAAAGGUAUUAUUAUUAUUAUUAUUAUGAAAUCAUGAUGUUCACGCCCCCCCCCCAAAAAAAAAAACUACACACGUAGCUACUCAGGUCCAGGCAUUUUGAAGAAAACCAAGGAAACUGAGGUUAUUAUUUAUCCGCAAUAAAAAAGCUUAAGGCUUAAACAAAGGUAAAAGAAAAUUGUUUUAAUGGUAAACUGCAGCUGUGAUUAAAUACUGUCAAAAAAACAUUUGCUGAAAUAUAAACCACAGGAACUAAAUACAGUCAACUCUCGCCUUGCGGAUGCCCCGCUUUAACGGUCACCCCGAUAAUACGGACAGUAGCUAAAUCCUGGGCAAAAAAAAAUUACAGAUGUUUGACUGAAGUAAUUUCCNUAUGGCAAAAAAAUUUUUUUUUCUUAGAGGUGGUAAAUUUUUACAAAUUUGUAUUUUUAUUAUUUUUUGUAGUUGUUUUAAUUUUUUUUUUUAUUUUAUUUUUAUUUUUUUCCCCAAAGGGAAAAAAAAAAGGUAUUUUUAUUUUUUUUUUUAUUAAAACAUUAUUUUCCCGCCCCCCCCCCCCCAAAAAAAAAAAAAAACUACACACGUAGCUACUCAGGUCCAGGCAUUUUGAAGAAAACCAAGGAAACUGAGGUUAUUAUUUAUCCGCAAUAAAAAAGCUUAAGGCUUAAACAAAGGUAAAAGAAAAUUGUUUUAAUGGUAAACUGCAGCUGUGAUUAAAUACUGUCAAAAAAACAUUUGCUGAAAUAUAAACCACAGGAACUAAAUACAGUCAACUCUCGCCUUGCGGAUGCCCCGCUUUAACGGUCACCCCGAUAAUACGGACAGUAGCUAAAUCCUGGGCAAAAAAAAAUUACAGAUGUUUGACUGAAGUAAUUUCCCGCUAUUAAGGACUCUUGCUAGUAAGGACACUAACUCGAGGUCCUUACGGUGUCCGCAAUAAAGCGAGUUGACUGUAUGCAUGGAACGCACCAGCUUCAUUACCUCUAAAUGUAAGACUCAAAGCGGCAAAAAAAGUUUUCUCAGUCAAAGUGUAGAAUACUCCCUGCACUGCAUAAACUACACAAAAAGAGAGCAAGAAAAACCUGUGUUGUUCAAACUGACUCUAGGGUCACAUUUCAAACCACAAGCUCAGUCUCUCUUUUCACGAGCUUUUAGUUGUGUUUAGCUUUUUAACACUUAAUUCAAAUUGGACUAAUCACAAACUGCAUAAGAAACUAGCCAACCAAAAGCGCCAACAUAUGUCCUUGCGACUCUGUGGGAUUCGAACACGAUAUUGUGCACUAAUUCACAGAUGCUCUAUACAGAAGGUUUAGAGCGUCUGCAACGCAGGCAAAAAUCAUACCUGUGAUUUCAAAAUUGGACAAGCACGCAGUUCAAGUUCGAUUUGAAAUCACAACAACACAAAAAUCUGCCACAAAGAAAGCCUGCUUCCAUUUGAAAUUUAAUAAAACUUAGAGUAACUUUAGAUACACUUGGCAAUUAAUAAUGACAUUUAAUGAAGCAUUUAACAGGAAUGAAGUUAUUAACAGGAGUAGUGAAUAAUGUAGUUAUUAACAAGACUCAAGUAUUGUUAGUCGCGAGAAGUUCUAUUCUUCUUCAAAUAAUAGCCAAAUGUUGCGGGUGUCAAAGCAGAGAACAAUAACCAGGAAAAGGAUAUACACUGGGGAUUUCUUGAUUUAAGCUCUCUCUAUAUCAUUUUUCACUUAUCUGCAUUUUCAGGCAUAAAUUUUACUUACCAAAUUAUAAAGUUUAUUAUCCAAGAAUCUGUUCUUGAAGUUACAAUAUAUUAACUACUGAAAAUUGUGCUAAUAGAGCGGUUUUCAUUUGAGUGUCGAAAAGUAAUUGGUUUUGCACUUUCUACACGAUGCGAUUGGCUUAAAAGAUUCGCGCCACCUUUUCAUCCAAUCAGAAGUAAAACCAAAGCCAAUUGUGAAAUAAUUGUUCUAUGUUGUUUUUCUGAAUCUUCCAUUUGCUCCUCACACCUUUUGUCCGGCGACCUAUUUCUGCAUCUGAUUGCGUUCAAGGUAGGAGAACGCAUCCCCUAAUUUGUGUUGGGUUUUCUGUGCAUUAUUGGGUGUCCUGUGCAAUUAAUAAGGGAGAUUUUUUUGAGAAUGCAUUUUUGUUGUUGACACACAAUUGCCUCCCUUUGAGGCACUUCCUUACGAUUUGCCUCACUUUGACCUGCUAAAUCACGUGGUGAUUCUUGUGUCUGCGGCGUUCAUCUUUCAAAGCAGUUUGCUAAGGUCUGAUAUUCGUAAAGCGUUCAUGUUUUAAAAAGUUUGCUGAAUCUUCGUAAAGUGUACAUCGAUCUGUGUUUGCUGAAUCGUCCAAAGCCUUCAUCUUUUAGAAGUUUGCUGUUAAAGUUUACUUUGGAUUAAGCCUUCAUAUUUUUCAGCAUGGUUCAUCACUGUCUUUGGAAAAUGUCUGCGACUCCUGGUGCAUGCAUCAAACCGGGUUUAGUUCAGCGGCCGUUGUACCACUAGACUGCGAGCAGUCUCUUAUAUGAAACGAGGGAGUAAGCCCGAGCAGAAAAAAUCUCAUUCCAUUUACUAAUAAUAACGUCGUGGUUUGCAAUCAUGCUGGAUGAUAUAAGGACUAGACGGAUUUAAAAGAGAAAAGGCGGACUGCAAGCAGUCUAUUGUACCUAUUGUACUGGUAAAUUUACCGAGUUGUGUAGCUCGGCGGCCAAUGUGUCACAAAGUAAAUCUACCAAGUUGUGUAGCUCGGCAACCGUUGUGCCACAAAGUAAAUCUACCGAGAUGUGAAGCUCGGCGGCGCCAUUUCAGUUGAUCAUGACUUGUGAUAUUUUCGGCACUGGACAAACAAACACUUUAACUCUAUGUUAUUUAUUAGGAAAAACUUAUAAACCAGCCCACAGUAGCGCCACUCUCGAGUCACUGAAAUCAACACGUUCGACCAAAUUACUGGAAAAGUUAUUGAUGUGAGCCACACACACACAUUCCAUUGAAGGCUUUGACAGGGUUUUGUGCGAAGUUUGAAUUCAGAUGUGAAAGCUUUUAAAACAGUAAAUUCAAGUUAAUUCAUUUUGUCAACAAGUUGAUGAUUGGAUGCUCUUAAAAAUAACAGAGAAAAUUAUCCAAAGAAAUGUUUUUGAAGAAAGAAAAAGAAUCCUGGGUCAAAUAGAGGUUUCGCUGUAUGCAACCCUUACAUUCAAAAUAUGCCAUAAUCAUAUUUAUCUAUAUCGCAACCACCCUUCCCGCUCAACUGCUACCUGUACGCCUAAAAAACAUAUCAAACGCACUCUCCUAAGCUCCGAUUACUCCUAGUUUGUAUAAUAAAUAGGUUGCACAAAUGAGCCACUUCCAAAAGAAAACAAACCAAAGCAGAAACAAGCAAGAUGGCGGAGGUAUACUAAGGUUGUGUCCAGAUAUCUCCUCAUCCAACAAGCCUUGUUACCUUGCCUCUUGCGAAAUGCGACUCUUUCUUGUUGUUCAAUUAUGCAGGAAGCAUAUCUUUUAGAACAAAAAAUUUGUCAAGAUAGAAAACAACCUUAUGCAAAAAAAAACACAUCAGCCUUUCGUGAAAAUUAAUGCUCAUUUGUAAGAAGAAUUUCUAUGAAUGAUAAUACUUAAUUUAACAGAAAUUUUAACUAACCAUGUUGGGUUACUUGGGCACAUUUUUAGUAACCAAAUAUUGGAAACUACUAACCGGUGGUUAACAGGUUACCGUUAAUUUCAAGCCCUGCCUGUAUGUUGUAGUUCCAAUUUUCUGAUGGAUUGAAAAUACAAAAAGAAAGACAAUUUUUUUAUCAUCUUUCACAUUUAUUGCAAAUUUUAAUCAAUUUAAUAACAAGUUUUAAAGAGUGAAAGUUAUGUCAGGCCACUUGAGGAAUAAGGAUUAAACAAUUUAUUUCUUCUAUCAUCUCUUUCAGGUGAAGACAUAAAUGUGGUUCCAAUUGUGAUGGGAGGUGCUAAUUACUCCAAGCUAGCAAUUCCAGGGUCUUAUAUCAAUGUUAUGGACUUCAAAACUGUUAAACAGUUUGCGGAGUACCUUCAGUAUCUGGACAAAAAUAACACUGCUUACAAUGAAUACUUUAAAUGGAGACUAAAAUACAAGGUGUUUCGCAGCAACCUUGAUUUAUCACUGUGUCAAAUUUGUAAAUGGUAUGUUUCAAGAUAUCCGCUUCAACCCAAAGUUUAUGAUGACCUUGCAGCACAUUGGGUUGGAAAGGGACGAUGUAAUGUGAAAAAUUCUCUCAUCACAAGUAUGUGGGAGGAAUAA